AUGCAUUUGCUAUCAAAACUUCCCGUAACAAGGGUUGUGAACUCUGCCCCUCAAGCUAGCCUCUUGGAUCCGACUGAAUUAUCCUCUUCUAGCGACAAAGAAGAUUUUGUUCCAUUGUCUCAACUGCUUCGACAGCAGACUGGCUGUGCAUGCCCAUCGAUAACUUCGAUCUCCUUAUCCACAUCAGCAUCCGCCUCCCUAUCGUCACCUGCAUCCGCAGCACAAAUCGCCGAUUUGCAUCCUUCCUCUUCUAAUGCUCACAAGGAGACCAUAUCCUCCAAUAAGACUUCUUUGCAAGUUACCUACCCUGAGAUGACGCUGGAAACCACAUCGAUGGAGCCAGCUGUACUGUCUCAAAGUAGUGUGACGAAGUUUAAGCCAGCUGAUGCCGGUAACAAUGUUCGCAAAGUAGUUAUUUCUGUGUGUCAUGCUCCGAUGACUCAAUCUUUACAACUCACUCGAAAAUCCAACUCGCUACCUACUAAAUCGCGAGUUCACGAUAAUACUGUUACUGACCAGGAUGCGGUCCAUAUAGUUAAACCAUCCAAUAGGAGGACUUCAUCUCCUUUGAAUUCCCGUCCUAGUCCACCUACUCUUACUACGAGGUCUUCUCAUUCUCCUGCUGCUCCAGCUAAAGCUAUAAUUCUUCGGCCAUCACAGGAUUUACUAUCUUGUCUACAAGCGAAUCCUCCAAUCCGAUCCCGGAAUUUAUCCUCACUUACUUAUGGCUCUUCCAGACGGCGUCCAAUAUCAUCUGAUUCAUCCUCUUCAUCUUCUUCACCUUCCUCUUCUACUGCCACUGAGAGUGAACCUGAAGUAGAGACUAUACAGUCGAAGAUGCUGUGUGCAAAUCAAAACUGUGAGCAUCAGGCCCUGUCAAACGAUCCCCGCUGGGACGGCCAGUUCUGCUCUGUGGAUUGUCUUAUCCACUUCUGUCAACUUGCUCACGCUUCCCGGAUUACACCGGUAGCCAAUUUGUCUAGCACAGGUACCAACGCCCCUACCACCUUCCGUUAUACUAGUAAUUCACAAAAGACGCCAAGUGAACUGUUACCUCAAUUUAUCGCUUCUCCUUUAGCAGCACUUAGAACCCGUCCUAAUUCGAAUUUAUCGCCUAGGCAACCCAGCCCAUCUUUCGACUGCCCCAAGGAUCCACGCGCUUGUAAUCUAUGGCCACCAACUGACACGUUUGAUCAAAGAGCAGAUGAGCAGUACACGCAUUCUGCCCGGUUUACUGCAAAUUCUCCUACCUCACUUUCAAUCUCUCUCGCUCCUAUCAUCUCUACCACCUCUCAAUCAUCCUAUCCCGGCAUCUCUGCUCAAAACUCUAUGUCCUCUGUUUUGCCACCCUCUGCAUCAAGCGAAAGCACUCAUCUUUCUCAACCUCCACUAAUGACUCCGACCCUCUCAUCUAAACUUAGCGACGCUUCGACGCUUCCCAUCUCAUCUUCCUCCCUAUUAUCGUUCCCUCUGCAAGCGACACAUCAACGGGCCACCCUAAUCACGUCAUCUAGUCCGCAAGCCCAGGCCUGUCUGAACUCUGGGCUUGUUGAUGGAAGGCGAAUACCAAUAGUGCAGCUCAUCCCUGCAACUAAGUUUCUGCUUUGUCAAUCGGCUAUUCCAAGUAGCCACCAUGCAGGACCAAAAAACGGAGAGCAAGAACCGGGAAACCCGAUGCGCCUCGACCUGGAUCCACCGACCUCUUGA